AAUUACGCUACUAAUACCCGAACAAAAUAGUUCAAAAGAUGACAUUCCAAAUCAUUGUUUUUACAAAAUAUUUCAGAAACAACUAUUAUAGUUAAAACAUUUAUUCAUAUACAUUUUUUUUUUAUUUGAUUUCAUAUAAAGCAAAAAGAAACUAUAUCUAAUGCGGAUGAAUAUUUAAUUCAGUUACACCCCGCAGAGUGAAAAAAGGAACGCUGUCCGGUACCGGAAUCCAAGAGUCUAGACAUAUCAUUAGGGAUCAGGUAGCGAAUUUUGACCAAUCAUGUUCGAGCGAUGUAUGUGACGUAAUGACAAAAAGUCCCGCUUUCAAGAUCAAUGUGUCCAUCCCGCUUUUGAACGUUCGGGGAUUGGAAUGCCUGAUAGGGAGGCCUGUUAAAUAAAUACUAUUUUCCUAUACAGUAUCUAUAAACGCCCAGGCUUUAUCUUUUAUCAAACAUUCAAAAUACUAUCGUAAUUUAAAGUGAACUUUCUAAAAACCCACAAUACAUAGCAUAUAUAAUUUGACUUUAUUUCUGUUAACAUGCCAUCUGCUUGCGGUACUUACAACGCGUGUGAAAGAUUAAUAUUUGAGGUAAUGUCUACUUGAUGUUGGCUCAACAAGUUUAUAAGAUGACUUUCCUCAGGACCAAACCAGUUUUUGUAAAAUUGCAGGCUGCGCAAUUCACAAAUUGCAGAUCACAAAAACAUAUAAACAAUGUCAACAAUCAUUUACCCUUAAAAUCAUUGUUUAUGUUCAAAUUCAACCCAGAGCACAGAGAGAAUUUAUGGGAAAGAUGUUUUGUUCAGUUUUCUGGUCUUGCUUCCUGCAAUUAUCAGAAGGUACCAUCCGUACUCAAGGAGCAAAAUCAAUGGACCAAUUCACCAAGAGGAUUUUACAUGCACUCCCCAAAGUAUGCAACAAUAAUGUAUGAUUUAUUAAAACCACCUACAAAUGAUGAAGAUAUCGCCAAAUUAUUUCAUCUUCGUUUGCAUGCCUCGAAGGAUGACUUUUUAAAAUCUGUCAAGGAAUUGAAUUGUUUACCAACGUCAAUUGUACAAGACAUAUUUAACCGCAAUCUUAGAUUCAUUACACAAGGGAUAGCUAGCAUCAGGAUACUUAAUGAGGAAGUACUUAGAGAGUAUUUACGACUUUUUGCCAAAAUUGACAUCACUUGUGUUCAGCAGGAAAUGAGAACAUUUGAACAAAAAUGUGUUGAUCAGAUGGAGACAUGGCCAGUUGAUAUGGUUCUCCUUGUGUCUGAUGCAUUUCAUCUCAUCAAUUAUCGUUCGUUGUCUUACAACAAGAAGAUGUAUGAAUAUAUGAGAAAACAUGUACCUUCAUUAAAUAAACACAAUAUAGUGCAGUUGGCAUACUUGAUAGGAGAGAAUAGGAUAGUCCCAUCUGCUUUAAUGCAUCAACUGCAAAAACGAAUCCUUAAUUUUAAGAAUGAAUUCACUGUACCCGAAAUAGGUGCUAUUUUUAAUGGUUUCUUCAAAUCUAAAACUUCCAUUACCUCAGACAUUUUAUCAAUUUUUGCAAAACGCCUAAUGCUUGAAGACACGCGUGAAAUCAAUACCUAUAGUCUUGUUGGUAUCUUGAAGAUGUAUCGUUAUGCUUAUUUCGGUUCAGAGAUGUUAUUCAAUAAAAUUGCUAAUGAAAUUGUUGAGAGGAUUCCUACCAUGGAAAUAGCACCAGUAACGCAUAUAGCUUUAACGUAUUCAACACUACGUAUGUUCCACGCGCCAUUAAUGGAUAUGAUUGCACAAGUGUAUGUUAGUAAGGUAAAAUAUGGCCGCUGUAAAGAUGUGACCAAGUGUCUAUGGUCAGUAAGUACUUUAGCCCACCGGCCUCCAAACUUUAACCAGUUUUACAAGACAGCUCUUCAUGAGAUGAGGAGACGUUCGGUGGAGUAUUCUGAACAUCCGAAUCAUCUAACGUCUGGCUUAAUUGCUUUAGCAUACAUGGAUAUCUAUCCAUUAGAUAUUAUAGAUUAUGUAUUCAGCCCCACAUUCCUGGAUUUUGUAAAAAACUAUAGGCUAAACAGUAAGAUAGAUUUAAGACCAGAUCUUCAUCUUCUAGACUGUACGUUAGCGAUUGAUCGUCCCUUAUAUUGCGGCAAUAGAUUUCCACAGGAACUAUUAAAAGAAGGCAAUCUUCCUGAUGACUUUUACCCAAAUGUUGAUCAUGAACUGAGCAAAAGAAAAUUUCUGAAACCAGUAAUUUCUUGUCUUUCCGACAUACUUGGAGACGCACAGUUGAUUAAGCCACACUUUAUUCUUCAACAUAUGAAAGCUCUUGAUAUUGAGUUUCGAUUAUCUGAAUCAGGAGAGCCCAUUACUGUUUCAAAGUGGAAUUGUCAACAUAAAGAGAAAAAGAAAACUUUAAACACAGCAAGUAUUUUGGUCCAGAAAAUUAUGCAAGGGUGCCCUCUGGAAGAAGCCUCUAUCAAACAGGAUCACAGCAUUGCUAUAGUACUGUGGUCCAGAAAUCAUUAUCAAUUUGGAGCGAAGCAACAUAUCACAUCACGUCACCUUCUUGGGCUCCAUGCAAUGAAAAGGAGGCAUUUAUUGUUGUUGGGAUACAAAAUUGUUGAGCUUCCAUUUUAUGAACUUGAAGUUGUGUCUGAAAAAGGAAAUACAGCCCUCACUCAGUACCUGAAGCAAAAACUUGUGCAACUACCGCAGAUGAGAACCCUAUUGCAGGGCACAUCUUAAGGGUGGUAUUGUUUGUGAUGGAUCCGUGCAGAUCUCAAGGUCCCUAGUUCAAUUCUCGUCGCUGCUCUCCUUGUCUUUCAGCAGGAGGGCUGAAAUACAAGUUAUGAUAGCGUACCAUCUUUCAGAUGAGACGUUUAAGCCGUUGGACUUGUGUGCAAUAUGGCCCAUGUGCAUGUUGAAGAACACAGUACACUCUUCAGAAAAGAGUAGGGGAUUGUCUCCCGGGGUACUGCCCAAUUGACCACCAGAAGGGCCCAACUGGAAACCAGUCUUUGGGUGGGUUAUCCUUGGUGUGAUUUAUACCAAAAAAUAUCCUAUCCUAACAUUAUUUGCACAGACGAGACAAUGAGGAGACAUGCUGCAUCACAACCAAUCACCGUUUCAAUAGCUCAGGAUGGUUAGACACUCAAGGAUGAAUUUGGGCUCACCGAAUUCGUAAUGGGACCAAGUGGGAUACCCACUUUAAAGCUCCAGUUUUCAGGCUGGGGUCUAUUUUUUUUAUUGCUCAAACUGUUUUGGACUGUGGUUCGGGGUUGAGAACCAGGACUAUAAAUCAUACAACUUGACCACAUGUUCCUAAUCUGUAGAUUUAUUCAUUAGCAAAGAACCUUAACACAGAGACAAACAUGAUAAAUUGUUGCAAUAAAAUUCUCUGUAUUGAA